AUGUUUGGUCUUUUCGAAUCGCUUCUUCCAAAAGAAUUCAAGGACACAACAAUCGAUAUAACUUCAGCGCUAUAUGAAAUCGGAUACACUACUAAAAUUAGUUUUGAAAUUACCAAUGAGGCUGGAGAGAAAAAGUGUCAAACCAAUGAAGCUUGGAUCGGGAGUAAAUAUGGCAUAUGGGCCAAUUUUAAAGGAGAUCUUGAAGUUGGGAAAGCGAUGUUGGACGGAAUUAAUGAAGAUUACUGCUGGGGAGAUAGUGUUAAAAGUAAGGCUUAUAUUACAGAAUUAUUGAGAGCUAUUGGUUAUCAACCACAUGGAGAAUUGUAUGCGAAGACAGUUGCUGAGUAUUUGCCUAAAAAGAAUACUAUAUCCUUGAUUUACAAUUUGUUAAGAAUGUAUUACGGGAAAAUGACUAAACAAAGUCAAGUACGAUCCGAAUGA